AUGGCGAACGGCCCUCAUAAUCAAGACAAGACGACAACCUCACCAACAAGAGGUGGAAGUCCUGUGACCUACGAUCAACUCUCAGACGCCUCUCAUGAUCUAGGGCAUGCUUCGGGGAACGACUUGGUCUCGUCUGUGAGCGACAGUCAGCUACUCGCAACUGAGAGUUCUGUUGCCCACCCGGACCCUCAUAACACGACUCGGUAUCAUUGCGUGGCAUCCGGUACUGUGCCCAACAUCGCCCCCGAUGGACCUCCCCAGAACCUGUAUUCCACCUUUGAUGAUAUGGACUUCAACUCGAACCUGGACUGGAUACUCAAAGAUGUCAGUGGUGAAGACAUGCUCAGUCCAGCAGACCUCUUCGGUUUCCAAGAGUGCCCCGAGGGCCAAUUGAAUCUGCCCGUAUCAGCUGCCUCAGCGGCGAUGCUGUCAGCCAGACAUUCUGAUGCAGGAGAUAACGAUCAUGAGGACGUGAACGGGCAUGAUGCCAGCUCCGCUGUGGCACUAGGUGGUCUUCUCACUCCGCAGCCUCAAGAGAUGGGAGACCCCGGAGAUCCAUGGCCACUGGACACACCCAGGCCGACGCAAAGCCAUAUGGCAUUGCCCGCGCUGGGCAACGACAACCAAGAUUUCCGUACCUUCGCCAGGUUCUUCUCAGUAACACCAGUCUGUGAUCGCACAUGGCAUGCUCUUCGAAAAUGCCUCAUGCUCCCGUUCGAACACAACUCGAUUCAAACCCUGAACCUUGACCAUUUCCCCAGCAAGGAGAAACUGGAUCAUUGCAUCGACUUGUAUUUUGCUUACUUCCAUCCGACGCUCGACCUUGUACACCAACCGACCUUUGAUCCCGGUAGAGACCUGGUGCUAACCUUGGCAGUGGUCAGUGUCGGGGCUUGCUACUCUGACCUUCAAGGCGCCAAAGCUUUCUCUAUUGUCCUUUCAGAGCUGGUCCGGAGGCUGCUGAUUUUCGUCGCCGAACAGGACCGCCGAUUUGUUCGCACCGGACCUUAUCUCACGGCUCAGCUCCUGCAGGGCACACACGGCUACUGCACGGGCAGCGAGCGGCUUUUUGAGCUGAGCGAGUCAUGCCGGAGUACAUUGCUCCAUCAAGCGAGAUGUAUGGGUCUGUUUCGCUUCGAAGCACCGGCGCCGAUCCAGAUGGACCAGACACUGGAAGAGAUGUGGCGUGAGUGGAUCGAGGCCGAGAAACUGCGGCGUCUGGGCUGGGUCCUAUACAUGUAUGAUGCUUCGGUAGCGUAUUUGCUGAAUAACAGACCAUUCUUGAGCAUUGGAGACAUCAACCUCAACCUCCCUGCCUCAGCGGAAGAGUGGGCUGCUGAGACUGCACAGGCCUGGUCGGCCCUUCGCCCAACAAGGACAUAUCACACGAGCUUGCCCUUGCGGCCUCUGAUCAGAACGCUCUUCGACGGGACGCCUAACGCUGUCGAAAGGAUUACUGAUGAAGGGCACCGGUUUCUUGUUGUUCUGACGUUGGUCAGAAUGCUGUGGUCGCUGAAAGAGAACCGGUCGUCGCCGUUAAAUGAUCUGAUAAUGCCCGCCCCUUUCGACGACGGUCGGGCUGAUCUCCUACAGGCACUAGAUUCCAUGUCCGUGUCCAUCGUGGCCGCAUCGAGGAGCCAUACCAAGACCGAGAUAGAUCGACUGGUGCAUCGAAUGCGUUUGAUCCACGUUGCUCACAUUUACGGCGCGGGCGACCUCAUGAAUUGGCUUUACCCCUACCUUCGUCACGGGCUGGAAGCCGAGAAUGCGGCUGUUCGCAUGAAGCGAUGGGGCUCCGAAGACUCGCAAAGAACACGAGAAGUCGCCUACCACAGUGCGCAAAUCUUGGGUUUGAUCAGGAACUUCCCAAACUCCAUGCCGUUGGAGUCCUACUUGAUCUUCCAUGCAGGGGUGGUCCUCUCAUGCGUUGCCCCGUUGCUACCUUCAAGUACCCUGUCGAGCCAAAGCAUUCCCUUACAGAUUGACCAGCUCGACCCGGGAGACAACAGUAUUUCCAGAAGACAUCUCCACUGGGUGAAGAAUGGUGGAAAUCAGUGUAUCAGCAUCUUCGGUGUUCGCUCUCUCUGUACCCCGACGAGCAGGCAGGAUAUCCUUGAUCAAACAGCAGCAUUGCUGAAACGUCAAAAAGUCUGGGGUAUAGCACGUAAUCUGGAGAAGGUGGUUCUCUCAUUAAGGGGCCGUGACCGUGAUACAGCCCUAUGA